GAGAGAGAGAAGAAGAAGUUAAGAGAGAUGGGUGCAGCGGUAUUGAUGAUAAUUGCAACUUCACUUUUGAUGGGUUCCAUCAAUGUUGCAGAAGCUUGGAAGGAGGAAACUAAAGUCAUACACGUGGGCGGGAAAGUGCUGUGUCAAGACUGCACCCAGGGCUGGAAUGAAUGGCUCCAUGGUGCUAAGCCUAUCAAAGGGUGCAAGGUAUCAAUAACAUGCAUGGAUGAUAGGAGCAGAGUUGUGUACUAUGGAAGUGAUCAAACUGAUGAAGGCGGCGAUUUUGAGAUGACCAUUAACAAAUUCAUCAAUGGCAAGGAAUUGAAUGCCAAAAAAUGCUCCGUUAGGCUGGUGUCAUCACCGGACCCUGUAUGCAACCUUCCCACCAACUUUGCCGGUGGACGGUCAGGAGUGAAACUCAGCAGACCUACCUUGGUGUACAGAGACAUCAUCAAACAUGUGCUCGGUCCAUUCUACUACACAACCCCGAUGUGUGAUGAACCUGAUGUGAGCGAAUCUCAUGGCAAAGGAAACACCUACUAAAGUUUUAUCAUUUUAUUUUUUCUUCAUUGUUUUGUUCUUGUUCGUUUCUAAUUGAGUUAAUUUAUUUAAGCCUUUGAUUUUCUUCCUCCAUAUGAAAAUGCAUUUCUUUGG